AUGCCAGCACUUCAUGCGGGCAUCGUCGAUUCAGUCACUGUCCCAAUCGUGAGACCUUCAACGUUUAUACCUAUCCUAGGUGAAACUUCGCAACAAGGCCAUAUCACGCCAAUCAACGUCUGUAACAAGCAUCCAUCACUGGACAAUUCACAAAAUCCUCAUAUCCUCGUUGACGUGGUACGGGCCAAACUACUGGAGGAAGCCUCCAAGCCUAACAACAGCUUGCGACGCCUCGUUGGUCAUGCCAAUCUUCUCGACAUGCUCUAUAUCGAGUUGGAUGAUACAAACUACGAAUCUGGUGGAUGUAUUCAGGAUGGAGAGGUUCACGAAGAAUGGCAUGAAAGUGAAAGAGCCCCGGUUGAGGAUGAGGAUAACAGCAAGAGUGCGACUGGCGACUCUGACGACUCCAAUGACUCCGACUCGGAGCCCGACGAGGGUCGUGACAUGAGUCCCAAGUCCAACAAUUACGUUCACUGUGUAGUCAGCCCUCUGGCCAGCAAAAGCAAACCACUCACAAUUUUCUAUACGCAUUCAUGGCCAGAUGUAUCAAUUCCUAGUCGACACCUGACGUGUCUUGAUACAUGA